AUGGUUCAUUCAAAGCGAACAAAGGGGGAACCAAUAUCAGGCCCUUUGCUUUGUGAAAAAGCCAUCCAAAUCAAUAAAAAACUUGGUGGGUCAGCCGACUUCAAGGCUAGUACAGGGUGGUUGAAGAAUUUUAAAUCACGCCAUGGUAUACGUGAGCUUGACAUACAAGGUGAAAUAUUAUCUGGAGAUUCUGCAGCUGCAGAAAAAUAUAAAGAGACAUUUUCCAAACUGUUAAAAGAUGAAGGAUAUUCAUUGGAUUUGGUAUACAAUGCUGAUGAAACAGGCCUUAAUUGGAAGGCACUGCCGCGUAAAUCAUUGGCAUCAAAACGAGAAAAGGCGGCGCCAGGAUUUAAGGUUAGCAAGGAGCGUAUAACAAUCAUGGUUGCAGCAAACGCUACUGGUACGCAUGCAUUGCCUCUCCUAAUGAUAAGCAAAUCUAAAAAGCCUAGGUGUUUUAAAAAUGUGACUUGUUUUUACCUCUUACCUACAAAUCACAAAAGAAUGCGUGGAUGA